UUGUUUUUGUUUGUUCCUUCGUCAACGUUUUUGCGCUUGGCCUUCAAUAGUGCAAAUUACAGGGAGGGCUAAAGACACCAAAAACAGAGAUGCCCCCUUUGGGAAAUCUGGAGGUGCUCCUGGUCGACGCCCAUGGCCUGCACAAUACUGAAUUUCUAAGUAAGAUGGAUCCUUAUGUUUUCCUAAAAUACCAAACUCAGGAGCACAAGAGCAAAGUUGCAUCCAAUGAAGGCAGCAAUCCAGAAUGGAAUGAGACAUUUGUUUUCAAGCUCUCAGAAGGGGCUUCUGAUCUGCUUAUCAGAAUACUGGACAAGGAUAGAUUCAGCGCCGAUGAUUUUCUUGGAGAAGCAAUUAUUCCAUUGAAAGGAGUGUUGACGGAAGGAAGCAUACUCCCUACACCUUAUAAUGUGGUUCUCAUGGACAAGACUUACUGUGGGCAGAUCAAAGUGGGACUCACCUUCACUCCCAAGGCAAAGUGUUAUGUGGAAGAAGAAGAAGAGGAGGUGGAGGGAGGCUGGAAAGAAGGAUCUUUAUAACUGAUUUUAGCUACCUGCCAAUCCAGGUUCAUAGCUUAUAAAUCGUUGAAUAUUAGUCUUCUUAUUAAAUAUUUCUGGUGUGAAAUAGGCCGAAGUUUUGACGAGUAGUUAGUUGAAGUCGAGGAUUGGCCCUUAAUAAUUACUAUCAUUGUCUAUGUUAUUGACGGAGUUAUACAAUGAAAGUUGUCAUAAACAAAAUAUAUAGUUUUAAGAGUGAUUUUAUUUUUAAAUGUAUUUUA